AUGCUGUCUGAUGCAUGCAGGCAGAUUCUUGAARUCUCAAUAUUUAAACUGGGAAACACUGUAACAGAACUGGAAAAAAGUCUUAACAGUGUUGAAAAUGAAGAUAAUGAAUGGGAAACCAGGUAUGAGACACAAGUAGAACUGAACAAACAGCUGGUAAGGCAAAUUAAUAUUCUUCGAGAUAAGGUGAAGCUUACUCGUGGAAAUCCAGCAGAUAAACUGUCCACUAUUCACACCUUUGAUAAAAUGCCUGUGGCUUCCUUAAAGGAUGUUCUUAAACAUCUGGAAGAAGAGAAAAACAGUCUCCAGAAUCAGCUAAAGGACUAUGAACUUAGACUGGAACAAGAAGCAAAGGCUUACCACAAAGCUAAUGGUGAGCGGUGCAUGUACCUCUCAGAAAUCUUACAGACCACUGCUGAACUUAAAAUUGUUGAAAGACAAAAACCAGAUGCUCUGACUGGCAAGGGAGAAAAACAGGUACCAAGAAACCUGGGCCAGACUCCUGUCUCAGAAUUGUGUAUCACCAUGUCUAAUGAGCUGGAAAACACACCAGAAUAUGGCACUCGGAAACUUAGUAGAAUGACCAUAAAACAGCCACUGAGGGAGAAUUUUCACUCCUCACAGCUGCCAGAGGAGCUGUAUGCCAACAAGAGAGGCAGUGUGACACUGCAGCCGCUAGCAAUAACCUUGUCAAAGAAAUUUGGAGAGUUUGCACUGCUACUUCACGAGUCUCAAACCAGAUUUGACUUAGAYGACCUUUAUGUCGGCGAAGGGAAGACUCGGACCACUCAAUAUGCGUUAUAA